AGGCGCUCGUGCAUUUGCGUAGCUGGUACCUGUCUGAGAACAUUCUUGGAGAAGAACUAACCAUAAGCAGGCAGCGAUGUCGUCGGAAUCCUACUCGCGUCCCGUCUCCUCUGUGGGGGCCACGGGACGAGAAAUGGAAUUGAGCGGAAACUGGAGGAAGAGUAUUUCUUCAAUCGCCACCCCUACGGGCUACGGGGCUGAAGCACCCAAUGUCACCGAGGCCCCCGCGGCUGGUCCUCAGGUGUUCUCCUGGGAAGGAUGUGUCCUAUCUGCAAGCUCUAGCAUCUUUUGGACUCUGCUGGCACUCACCGUAAAGCUCAGCCCAGCUACUGCGAUGGCUAAGCUACUGUUCCACGUCAGCGUUGGCGUGUUCGUCGGCAUCAUGACCUGCAUGGGAGGGGUAUCAGUGCCGUACGGGGCACUGAACGCCCAGUUCGCUCUCUUCUUCCGAAGCAUCCUGGUCGUCACCUCGCUGUUCACUCGCCUCUUCGCCCUUCGAUACCUGACUCUUGUCGACUCCUUCGUCCUCAGCAGCGUCAGUCCCAUGCUCUUCCUCGGGUCGCAGUGCAUCACCCGCGGCCGCUCGUCCAUGAUCUUUGUCCAGCUACUACCCAUGAGCAUGACCAUCGCUGCCUUCUGCAUGGUCGUGCUAUCCAACUUGGUCUACCGAACGGGGCAAGGGGAGGACACUGGGCUGUUCUCUUUGGGAUUCGGACUGAGUAUCACGUCGUCCGUUCUGAGGGCGAUCACUCGCUACUUCGCAGACUUGACCAGCGGCAUCCCGAAAGCCGUACUGAUCUUCCACUGGUCUCUUGUGGCCCUGUUCGCAUCGUGCUGCAUGGCAGCAUCCCUUGAUCGGCCGUGGCAGCUCUUUGACGAGCAUGACAUGGGGGUGAUGGUCUUCAUUGCGAAGAUCAGCUUCGCGUCUGUCUACUUCCUGGACAAGGCGAGAGACCUUGAGAGCUACGCAAUGACCAACAUAUUUCUCUACGUAAUUGACCUGGCUGUUUCGUGCGCUAUGGCCAAACUCCUACUGGGAGAGGCUACGGGAACGCUGAGUUACGCAGCGGCGGGCCUAGUCGCUGUCUCGGUGAUCAUUUCGGAAAUAUCUGGUCUGAUAGAAGAAGCGAAAAUCAAGCAAGAGGAAGGUGCCUGGAGCCGGGCAUUCUGACGGCAUCGCAUCCAUGGGUGAUAAAUGGGCAGCGACACGAAUAUCGGCGAUAAAGGUUCGCUCUCCAUAUACUUAGAAUCAAUACCAUUGUCUAUGAUGGCGUUGUAUUAAACAAUCGUAAAAUG